AAGUUUGCCUUUUCAUGUUUUACUAUGAUUGGGUUUGAUUGAAAGUUUAAUAACAAAUUUGAUCCAAGUGUUCCUUCAAUUAGCAGUUGAUUUAAUAGUUUAUUUAGCAAUUCGUGGUUUAUUUUUUCGUCUGUUUAAGAAUGGCUCGUUCCAGUAGUGCUGGGUUUGAUCGUCACAUUACUAUCUUUUCACCGGAAGGCCGGCUGUAUCAAGUUGAAUAUGCGUUUAAGGCUAUUAAUCAAGCUGGUGUUACAUCAGUUGGGCUAAAAGGUAAAGAGAAUGUUGUCAUUGUUACCCAGAAAAAGAUUCCCGAUAAACUUUUGGAUCCAGCCACUUUGAGUUCCCUUUACCGGAUAACACCUCAUAUUGGCUGUGUCAUUACUGGUCUUGGACCCGAUUCUCAGUCUCAAGCUCAAAGAGCUCGGUAUGAAGCAGCUGAUUUUAGAUACCAAUAUGGUUAUGAUAUUCCUGUCGAGUUGUUAACGAAGAGAAUGGCUGAUAUUGCUCAAGUUUAUACUCAAAAUGCUGAGAUGAGACCUUUGGGCACCAGUUGUAUAUUCAUCUCUUACGAAGAUGGACAACCUUUAUUGUAUAAAACAGAUCCUGCUGGAUAUUAUUGUGGAUACAAAGGAUGUGCUGUCGGUGUUAAAUCAGUGGAAGUAUCCAACUACCUGGAAAAAAAACUUAAAAAGAAAACUGAUCAUGAUAAAGAUGCUACUAUCAGAUUAGCAAUGAGUGCUCUAUCAACAGCCUUAGGAAUCGAAUUCAAAUCAAGUGAACUUGAAGUCGGAACAGUUGAUGCAAGUGGGAAAUUCACCGUUUUAACUGAAUCUGAAAUUGAAGCCCAUCUCACAGCUGUUGCUGAAAAAGAUUAACACCUUAAUAAGCUCAUAUAGCUUGAUUCAAUUUUCUCUUUUAUAUUCUGGAAACAAACAAUUUAAAAAAGAACUGAUGAAGUUAAUAAAAUCAAUCUUUCAAGAAACCGUUACUA